AAAGUGUUUUCGUUGUGUGCCUGUACUCUUACACUCUUCUGAUUUCGUGUGAUAAUGUAAAGUCUCUGGACUAAAACAGCAGAAUAUAUCUGGAUCGCGGAUUGUUUUACUGUUCCCAGAAUCGUUAAAUUAUUGUUUCUUCAUGUCUGCCUCAACGCUAGAAUCGGGCAUUGACCUCGACUUCGAACUACCGUCAGACAUAGAGGUCCUUCUGAACUCGGAUAUUUCUGGAACCGACAACGUCGAGCUUGUUUCGGAUCCCGAUUCUACCCGGCCAAAGCAACCCACUUUUUACCAACUGAUUAGCCGAAGUGUGGAAGACAUCCCUAGUUCACCAAAGGAAGAUAAACCCUCUCUUAAUCCAAUGACGUCAAGAACAAAUUUGAAGCAGCAGCUUAUGCGACAACAGCAACUGCAGCAGGAAGAGCGAGAACGCCAAGCUGUGUUGAAAGCGGCUGCAGAAACUAAAUCACACACAAAUGCAGUUGAAGUUCCAUCAACACUUGCCACGAUACCAGAAGUGCCGGCACAAGUCUUACAUGUGAACACUCGGUUGGCGAAUCCAACUCGUUUUCAUGUUGAAGAAAAAAAGCGUCAACAGGUCAAAGAAUUUUUAUCCCAGUCACAUACGGGAUCGCCGCAACGACUGACAAUACAGUCCUCCAGAAUGACACCUCCAAUAUCUCCUUCUCAUAACACCAAGCCACUGGGUAGUCCAGCAUCAACAAAUCUUAGCAUGUCAGCACAGAGUACAGAUUUGGAUGAAUUCUUGGAAGAUGUGCUGAGUCUUGGAUCAAGUCUGGGCGAUGACAUGCUAGUGAACACACUGGAUCCAGCUGCACAUCUGUCAGCAACACUUCCCACCACCAAUUUCUUAGACCUGACGCCAAGCAAUGUUACACCCAUUGCCGUAGCAACAACAUCACAGUCCUGUCCUACAGAUAUGUCCUUAUAUGGGGAUGAACUUGUUUUGACCGAGGAACAAGCCAAAGCUUUUGUCAAAGACAGACAAAAAAAAGAUAACCACAAUAUGAUUGAGAGAAGGAGGCGUUUCAAUAUAAAUGACAGAAUAAAGGAACUGGGAACACUACUGCCAACAAAUGGAGACCCGGAUCAAAGAAUAAACAAGGGAACUAUUCUCAAAUCAUCUGUUGACUACAUCCGAAGACUUCGGAAAGAUGCAUCAAAGAUGAAGCAGGAGCAGGAGCGAUCAAGGUCUUUAGAAAAUAUCAACCGCAAAAUGCUGUUGAGAAUACAGGAAUUGGAAAUGCACUGCAGAGCACAUGGUAUUAACCCAACUCCAUUAAGCAACGACACUUCAACGGCCAAUAUCACACAGGAAUUUCUGAAACAACAACCGCCUUUAAAUCUUGAAAUUAACGAGGAACUGCCAGAGAGAGAGAGUACAUCGUCGUCAUCCUUCCUUGACUUGGGUUUGAACUCGACGUUGGAUGAUAUGAUGGAUGACAGUAUGUCGCCAAUUUCUAACGAUCCAUUAUUGUCAGCAUCGUCCCCAAUGGACAGCCAACUGAGCAGUAUUGAUGACGAUCUUCUUAUGUCGUAAAAAUAUGCGAUUAUUGAAGAAUUGGCCGUUUCACUUUGCUAUAUGGACUUAAAAGGCUACCUUAUUUAGAGGGACAAAUUGAUAUUUUAAAGAAUAAGAGACACAAAGUUAUGAUGCUGUUGAAGCUCUUUACCCCAUGGUCUUCAGAUAUAAACAUUGUAAUAUUCGAUGUAUGAAAUGACAUCCACAGUUUAUCAUGUGCACAAUUUUAUCUUUCAAUAUUAUUAUAUUGGCAAAAUAACCAUGCUCUAACAGUGACCCAAUCAGCCUGAGCAAAAGAGCUGUGUUACAAGUGAAGUUACUUGUACAAGUCUGGUAUCGUUCAGUAUUAAAAUGAACAUGCUUGUACUGGCUGUUGGCUGGCUGUGGAUGAUUGCUAUUAUAACCCUCGAAAACUUACACACCCACUGUGACUCUUGCGCACACGCUGCCAUCACUUGUUAGCUACUACACAUAAUAUAAAAAGAAGGCAAACAAGUGGUUUUAAUAUUAAUGUAUGAUAUUUUACAUACAUGCUGAAGACAAAUAUUGAUGUCAUGCAUCAUUCGGUAGUUUAUCCUACGUAUAAUUUAACGUUUUGUUUGUUUUUAUUUAUAAAUAAAUAAAUAAAUAAAUACAACAAAUGUGCAGAUUGUUGGAUACUGUAAA